CCGAUGGGCACACGAUCGCGAAACUCAGUCGCUCAACAAACCACAGAGAAGGCACUCGGGAGGUGUCAAAAAGCGCGCCAAUUUUGACGUUUCGCUGACGUUUUUUUUUUGGGGGAAUCAAAGCGUUCGGAAACAUGAAGUUUUUGGUGGUGCUCGCGAUUUUCUCUCUCGCUUUCGCGGCUGAGGAGAAAGAAGAAGAAAGACCGAAGACCUUCAGGAGGCUGAUCCCCGCUGACGUGCUAAGAGACUUCCCCGGAAUGUGCUUCGCGUCCACCCGCUGCGCCACCGUCGAGCCGAGCCAGACCUGGGACUUGGCUCCAUUCUGCGGCCGCAGCACCUGCGUCGUCAGCGAGGACACGCCCCCCAGGCUGCUCGAGUUGGUGGAAGACUGCGGACCUCUCCCGCUGGCCAACCCCAAGUGCAAGCUUGACACAGAGAAGACCAACAAGACCGCUCCCUUCCCUGGCUGCUGUCCGAUCUUCACCUGCGAAGACGGCGCCAAGUUAGAGUACCCAGAACUCCCCACUCCCCCCCCAGAAGAAGAGAAGAAAGAAGAAGAAAAACCCAAGGCGUAAAUAAAAAUUAAAAAUAAAAUCAUCCCACAGAAUUCCUAACGCGUUUCCGAACGCAACAAAGUGACAGUUGACAGGACUUUUGGCGGUAUUUUGUAAAUAUAUUUUUAUAUAAAUCUGUGGGUCGAAAAAUUGGUCUCAAAGCCAAAAUGGCUGUCGCUCUAGUAAUUUAUGAACUUUCUAGUGAUGACAAUAAACGGAAUCCAUUACCACUUCCUAUUUCCUGCCUUUUAUCCAAUUUCAUUGUGUGGAAGAGAUCUGUUACAAAAAUUGUUUACCUAUUGUAAACCUCCAUAUUUGAAGGGCAUGUUGCGACAUUUUAUGUUGUAGAACUUUUUUUAGAAAUCGGCUUUUUUAUUUGAAUACCUAACAUAGUGUUUGUGAUAUUGAUAUAUAAAUAAUAUAAAAGAUAUUCAAUAAAAAAAAUAUAAAAUUUCUA